AUUUGAUUUGAAGGAGAGCAGAAGUGUUAAACAAAUUCGCCAGAUCUACAGAAUGGAUUCAUCAAAGAAGGGAGGAAGGAAGGGAGGCGCAAAGAAGAAGGCAGUUUCAAAGACUGUUCGAGCAGGUCUUCAGUUUCCUGUCGGCAGAAUUGCAAGGUAUUUGAAGAAGGGUAGAUAUGCAAAGCGUGUUGGAACUGGUGCUCCAGUCUAUCUUGCAGCUGUCAUGGAGUAUUUAGCAGCUGAGGUUUUGGAAUUGGCCGGAAAUGCGGCAAGGGACAAUAAGAAGAACAGGAUCAUUCCGCGACAUGUUCUUUUGGCCGUGAGAAACGAUGAGGAGCUUGGAAAGCUUUUGAGCGGUGUAACCAUCGCUCAUGGCGGUGUUCUGCCUAACAUUCAUCAGGUGCUUCUGCCAAAGAAGACUGCUGAAAAGGCCACUGCUUCAGAGCCAAAGGCCCCUAAGUCACCGAAGAAGUGAGACUGAUUACAGUUUUUCUGUCUUCUCCUGUUUAUUUAUGGUGUUUCUGAACACCACCUUUGGAUGGAAUGGCUGAUUGCUUCAGAGCUUUAUGAAUUUCGAUCUGCGUUGCUUAUAAUUUAUUUCUGAUCUAACAAAAUAGUGGUUUAUUCAAACUCUUGCUAUAGCAUUAGCUGCAUUGAGUGGUUUUGCUGUAUCAUAAUACAGCUUUUUCCGAUGAAAUUCCAUGAGCACAAUUUUUUCGAUUA